AUGGGAGAAUGUCUGUUAAUCACUCUAUUGUAUAAGCCUGAGCCAAAAAGAGCUUCUUCUUCUUCUUCCUCUUCCGCCUCCUCUCAGCAAGUCACAGAGCAACUUGUCAGACAGCGAGCGGAGCACAACAGCUGUGAACUCUUUUCCUUGGAAGAAGUUUCCUUACACCAACAGGACCUGGAAAAACUAGAACACCUUGACAAAUGGUGCCGGGAGUUAAAAAUUCUCUAUCUGCAGAACAACUUGAUUCCCAAAAUUGAAAAUGUUAGCAAACUGAAGAAGCUGGAGUAUUUGAAUUUGGCUUUGAACAACAUUGAAAGAAUCGAAAAUUUGGAAGGCUGUGAAGACCUACAGAAGCUUGAUCUGACAGCUAAUUUCAUUGGCGAAUUGUCCAGCGUUGAGUCCCUGAAGAAGAACAUACACCUCAAAGAGCUCUUCCUCGUAGGGAACCCCUGCACUGAUUUUGAGGGUUAUAGACAGUUUGUGGUUGCGACUCUUCAUCAACUGCAAUCUUUGGAUGCCAAAGAAAUCAGGCGUUCCGAGAGGAUACAGGCUUUGCAGAAUUAUCCUGAACUCAAAAAACGAAUCAAAGAGCAGGAACAGGCCUACUUUCUUAAGAGGUCCCAGGAAAAGGAAGAGGCUGAAAGGAAGGCCCAGGACAAACGGGAGAAGAAAAAGAAGGAACCAAAGGAAUCGACUUCUUGCUUUGACCGCCGGUGCAUCUACUCCCUAGAGGAGAGAGAAAACCAUCUAAAGGGUGAAAGAGGAAACCAGUACCGUGACAUGGUGGUCGAGGAAGAGGAUGACGAAGAAGCGAAAGCUUUUUGGGAGGAGCCCGUGCCCCACACCCCAGAGACUAGGCUAGAAGCUCACCGAUUUCUUGAAGAAAGGAAGAAUCCCAAAGACACCAGAGAACAGAACAAGAAAGAAAAGCUGCCGAGGACUUUGAUCACGCCAGAAGGAAGAGUUCUGAAUGUGAACGCUCCCAAGCUUCCUUUCUCCUUGAAUGAUGAUGAAGAAAACAACCAAUUCAUUUUGGACCUUGCCAUUUACAGACAUCUGGAUACCUCCCUGCUCGACGUUGACGUACAGCCUUCUUACGUCCGAGUGAUGGUCAAAAGCAAGCCUUUUCAACUUGUCCUGCCUGCAGAAGUGAAACCAGACAGCAGCACUGCCAAAAGAUCUCAGACCACUGGGCAUUUGCUUAUCACCUUGCCAAAGGCUAAAGAAACAAUUGUGGCUACCCCAAAACUAUCCACUUCAAAGGAGCGGUCUAAUGUCAGUCAGUCACAAGCCAAUCUUAAAAGAAGCACGCGGACCGAGAAGCUGGAGGUUGACCCGAGUAAAUAUUCAUUCCCUGAUGUGACAAACAUUGUCCAGAAAAAAGAACCGAUUGGACAGGGCCCUCUUAGACUCCAGCGGCUGAAAGCUGUGGAUACCAGGAGCCCACCUGAAGUCUUUGAGGAUGACCUGGAGGUCCCACCUUUAAUCUGAGUACCAAUGUAAACGUUUUAGUUGAGUUCCAGUAGACAGUCUGCUCUAAGAAUUCUAUUUUUGCCUGUGACCUGAUUUCCACAUUUGGUUGUAUAAAGAACCCAAUAUGCUUUCUUGCCACUGUCUUUGGUGAUCAUUGGAAUCCCCUGUCAUGAUGGAGGUCCACCUGCAACAAGCAAGAACAACAGCACAGAAUUUUUGUAGGACUCCCAUAGUUUCUCCUUUCUCAGGGAUUCCUAUGUCAUACCUAAGUAAAAUGUGAAUACUU